UCGCUCGCAUCGCUACGGCUCGUUUUCGAAGUGAAUAAUGGGUGACCGCAGUGAUAAGGUAUUCAACGACCCAGUUCAUGGUCACAUUGAACUUCAUCCACUGAUGGUAAGGUUCAUAGACACUCCUCAGUUCCAGAGACUUCGCUAUAUCAAGCAACUCGGACAUGGUCCGUUUUCUCAUGUUUUUGAUGGAAAGUUCAUUCCAAGGGUGUUGCCUAAAAGCAAAUGGAAGCAUGAAGUUGCCUCAGUGAUGAUGCUGCGCCACCUCAUAAAGGAGAAUGAUCUGAUGAAGGUGAUGGAGAAAGACUAUCGUCUGGACGAGAAUGACGUGAUCUUCAUUGAGGAGCUGAUUGUAGGACCUGGCAAGGAUGAAAAAAAUGAAACUCCCACAACUCCCACACGACAUGACUGGGAAUACAAAGGAAGACCAGUGUCGAAGAGCUUUCUCUAUGAGAUCGUAGCCAACAAGGGACAGAGUAGCGUGGACAAGUGGGACUACUUUGCCCGGGACUGCCACAUCUUGGAAUUCCAACAGCUUUGA